AUGCCUUCCUUCACGAAGACCUUUGGAGUUGUUGUGGCCGGGCUGGCGGCCGUCUCUUCAGCACUACCGGCAGUUCCAAAACUGAGCCGGUCCCAGAUGAGGAUGUACCACAACGCAAAGCGUCAAAACGCAGCGGCCGCAGCACUGGGCCUCAACGAUGUUGACAUCCUGCAAUUCGCCCUGACUUUGGAGUGGCUGGAAGCGACCUUCUACCAGCAGGGCUUUGCCCAGUUCCCAGCAACCGAUUUCCAAGCACUCGGCCUCCAGCAGCAGGACAUCGACGCCCUCACCAAGAUCGGCAAGACAGAAGAGGAACACGUCAGCCUCCUCCAAAGCGCCAUCGCCCAAGCCGGUGUCCAGCCCGUCCAGCCAUGCACCUACAACUUCGGCUUCACCGACGCCGCAGGCAUGGUCGCGACCGCGGCCGUCCUCGAGAACGUGGGCGUUUCCGCCUACCUCGGCGCAGCCUCCCUCAUCUCCGACGGCUCCAUACUCACCACAGCCGGUUCCAUCCUCACCGUCGAAGCCCGCCACCAAACCUUCAUCCGCGCCGCCUCCAGCGCCGUCCCCGUUCCCCAAGCCUUCGACACCCCGCUCUCCCCCAAACAAGUCUUCUCCCUCGCGGCCCCCUUCAUCACCAGCUGCCCCGAAGGCUCCAACCUCAUCCUGACCGCCUUCCCUACCUUGACCAUGGCCGCCGGCGCCUCUGCCCAGGCCGUCGCGGCCGGUGCUACGGUGCAGUUGCAAAGUGAGGUUGCGUCGACGGCUACGCACUGCGCUUUUACUACGGGUGGGCUGCCGGGUGGAACGGCGUUCACGCCCUUUGACCAGGCUAAUGGGUGUGAGGUGCCCCAGAACUUGGCGGGUGUCACGUAUGUUAACUUGGCGAGCGCCGGGCCGCUGACGGGGGCGCUUACGGACGAUAUCAUUGUGGCUGGGCCCAUGGUGAUGCAGGUUUCGUAA